UUCAUGCAUAGCUACCAAUACCGCGUGUUGUCCAAGUCACCGGUAGGAGAACUUGCAAAGGCGUAGCGAAAACUGCAGAGGCACCCUAGUACAAUUCCAUUGUACUGUAUUCUCAGAGGAUUUCAACUGGUCAUUCCGCAAGUCAGUGAACAUGGAGAAACAUUUGGAACGCGCCGUCGAUGAAGAGACGCCUCGCAAUGAAGAUGUUUCAACAACUGUCAUCGAGACAAGCGGCCUCAAACGAGACCUUAGCUCUCGUCAUAUUAAUAUGAUUGCCAUCGCAGGGAUGAUUGGCACAGGUCUCUUUCUCAGCUCAGGGCAAGCAAUUGCAACUGCGGGGCCGGCUGGGGCGCUGUUGGCAUACAUUGUGAUGGGACUUGUCACGGCUGGAGUUUCGUAUACAACGGGCGAGAUUACUGCAUUUAUGCCCGGAACCGGUGGGUUCAUUCGGCAUGCAACAAAAUUCGUGGAGCCAGCGCUCGGUGCGGCUACAGGAUGGAAUUUCUGGUACACUAUGGCUAUAACUGUUCCUGCAGAAAUUAGCGCAGCUGCUACAGUGAUACAGUUCUGGAAUCAGUCGAUUAAUCCGGGGGCUUGGAUUACCAUCUUUUUGGUUGUCAUCGUUGCUCUCAACCUUUGUGGCGUACGUCUAUAUGGCGAGUCUGAAGUCGUCUUCGCAUCCUUAAAGAUUAUGUUGAUCCUCGGCCUGAUUAUUGGUGGUCUGGUUAUCGAUCUGGGAGGCGGACCAAAUCACGACCGUUUGGGAUUCCGUUACUGGAACCAUCCCGGGGCCUUCAACGACUACAUUAAAACGGGGGCAACAGGGCAUUUUCUAGCCUUUUGGAAAGUAAUGCUUACGGCUGCGUUCAGCUAUGGCAAUAUACAGGUAGUUGCAAUCUCAGGUUCAGAGACUCGGACGCCAAGAAAAGCCAUCCCGGCAGCUACCAAAAAGACAUUUUAUCGAGUCCUGCUCUUUUAUGUUCUUAGCAUCUUCAUUGUUGGCCUCAUCGUCCCAUACAAUGACCCCUCUCUCGCUAUUUCCACCGGCACUGCUCAGCAGUCUCCCUUUGUCAUUGCGUUUCAACGAUCCGGUGUUAAAGUCGUGCCGUCUAUUAUCAAUGCAGUUGUAUGCACUUCUGCCAUUAGCAGUGGCUCAGCUUGCAUCUUUAUCGCGUCGCGAACUCUGUAUGGUUUGAGCUGUGAUGGACAUGCACCUCAUGUCUUUCAACGAUGCAACCGCUUCGGAUCACCUUAUUAUGCGAUUGGACUGACCUGCCUCUUGCUACCACUCGUAUACUUGAACGUUGCUAACAACACGUCGGUGGUGUUUGGCUGGUUCGUCAACAUUACGACGGUUUCUGGGUUGAUAGGCUGGGUGGUAAUUGAAGCUACAUAUCUUCGAUUCUACGCAGGACUUAAAAGGCAGGGUUAUUCGAGAGAUGCGCUUCCCUACAAAAGUCCACUGCAGCCAUACGUUUCAUGGGCGACCCUGUUGGUGGUAAGCCUCGUCAUUAUUUUUUCAGGGUUCGACGUAUUUGUCAAAGGUCGCUUCACUGCCGCGGGGUUUUUGACCUGCUACCUUAAUAUUGCCAUAUUUAUCGCUAUAUACGUUUCCUUCAAAAUAUGCUUCAAGUCGAAGGUCAUACCGGUAAUGGAAAUUGACUUUGAAACAGAAUUCUUAUCAAUUCAGCGAGACAAAGACGCUGCUGAGGUCGCAGUGUAGCAACCCAACCUGAUCCUUGAAGCCAUAGAAUCCUACCUCCUUCACGGACUUUCUUUUCUAGCCAAUUAUUUUAGGGUUGAUGCAGAGUAUUACAUGUUUACUCCAUAUCCGCCUGUCAUGGCGGUGCAUGCGGAAUUUUGCGGAUGCACGCUGCUAAUACACUGCUCUGUUCCUCCGUCCUGUUGCUAGUUAUUGCCCAAAUACAGCAAUGAGCUUGCCAGAGCCUAGCGGCCGAAAGCGCAACGAACAAUGAAGAUUG